GAUCGAUACAAAAAAUCUGAGGAAUUGUCCUUUUCGUCCUUAUCUUCUUCCAAGAUUUCUUCCAACUGUGCAAGCUUUCCUUUCCUCACUCAUCUUUAGUUUUCUCGUUAGGUGAUAUCGAAGAGAAGGUGGGGGUCAAUGACCUCGCUACUCCUCCUAAGAACACUCCCGCUCCUCCGCAACGGUUUUCUCAACUACCGUCAUCAGUUCAGCAUCGCAUCGGCGGGUUUCCACUCUCACCGGCGCCGUCUGCUGUGUUCUCUUGCUGAUAAACCGCAGUUUCGCGAGGAUGAUUCUCCCAUGCCGGCCAUGAGCUCGACGGCGCCUGUUGAUGAUAAUUGGCGUUAUGAAGAUCCUGAUUAUCGGAAGUGGAAGAACCUUGAGGCCGAGAUACUUGGAGAUAUCGAACCUAUAGCUCUUCUCGCCAAAGAUGUUCUUCACUCCGAUAGAUAUUUGGAUGGAGAACGCUUGGACUUUGAGGAUGAGAAAAUUAUCAUGGAAAAACUUCUUGCUUUUCACCCCUACGCCAAAGAUAAAAUUGGCUGCGGUCUUGAUUUUAUAAUGGUUGAUAGGCAUCCUCAGUUCAGGCACUCGAGGUGCCUGUUUGUUGUGAGAACGGAUGGUGGAUGGAUAGAUUUCUCCUACCAGAAGUGCCUUCGAGCCUAUGUUCGAGAUAGAUACCCGUCUCACGCCGAGAGAUUUAUUCGUGAACAUUUUAAGCGCGCUAGUAGCUAAACAUUUUAAGCACGCUAGUAGCUAUACUCAUUACUGGAUGUUCUGUAUACCGUCCCAUCGUCAUACAACAGCAAACUUCUCAUAUAAUUUUUGCUGCCUUCCGUUAGAGAAGAAAUUACGCAAAACAAAAAACAAUUGUGGAAAACUUCGUUGUAGAAAAAUUGGACUGGCUCA